AAUUUCAAACUACACCGUCUUUCAGUAUGUUGUUGAAGGAAGUGUGCUUUAACGUUUGUCAGUAAAGGGACGGAACUACUAAUAGUGAGCAGUCAGCGUUAGUGAGCAGCGCACAUGGAUUGUGAGACGUUUAACUAACUUUUUUAUUUAAAAUGGCAGAAACGAUAACGUCAACACGGAGAGGAUUUCUGGACUUUAGUCCGAUAAGGAGGGACGGCGGCAACAAGGAGAAUGAUGUCCCUGUUUUGAGUUUGAUCCAGUUUUCAAGGGCUCCCUUUUUGUCAUUCGGAACAGUAAAACUGGGAACCUCCAAGACCGCCGUUUUGCAAAUUGAGAACCCGACAGAGGAUGCAGAAGCGGAGGUUACAGUUGAAAAGAUCCCCUCAUGUAAAGGCUUUUCUGUGGACCACAAGACGUUCACGGUUCAGCCCGAGGGCUCAUUCAGUUUGACAAUAACCUGGACUCCAGCAGAAGAAGGUGGAAUCAGAGAACUCAUCAUCUUCAAUGCCAACGGGGUCCUUAAGCACCAGGCUGUUAUGCUGGGGAGAGCAGAAGCACCGAAAAAGAAAAAGAAAAGCUUAUGGGACACAAUCAAAAACAAAAGAGAGGGAGAAAAAGUGGCUGCACCCAGGAGAAAGAAAGCAGAUCAGCCACUGAAGAUGGUAGCCAAUAAAACCUUCCAAGUGUCCCGAAAACCACAGUACAAACGGGAAAAGCCUCGCAGCCCGCUUGCUUCUCUCAAUGAGGGAAAAGCUGUCAGAGAGAGGUCCCUCUCCAAGCACAGUCCUGUUGACAUUUGCCCUCAGAAAUCGGAGGAGCAGAAGGUCUUGAAUUCCACCCAGAGCCAACAGUCUCUGGCCUUGUUGGACCAGGAGAAUGUCUAUCACGUUCAGAGGAACUCUCCCCUCGACCCGCUCGUCCCAGCUGGGAAGCUCACGGACUAUGGCAACAUGUCUGCAAGCACAGAUACCUUGGCCAGCAAACCUGAAAAUAAAGAUCUUACCAAAAUUCUCAACAGGACGCUGUCACCUAUCGGGACACCAGACAGGCUUAAGAAACUCAUGCCCCAUAUUUACGCAGAUAGCCCACUUUCUGCUGCUGUGAUGUCUGUAGCCGACGCCGAUGAAGCUGACAGUGCUGUAACUGGAACCCCAGUUCUGUCUUUGAAAGAUGCACUAGCUCUUAUUGACUCAGAUCUGAGCCACAUUAACAGCAGUCCUCCAGACACAAAUUCAAGCUAUGGCUUUUCAGAUUCACUGGAAUCCAAGAGUGGGAAUCAUGGCUGUGGACCUGUCCUCAAAGCAUUACCCGAUAGCCCACAGGAAGCCGAGUCCGAUGAGCCCAGGCUGACUUUCUUUGUUAGCAAAAAUGUGGUUGUUCCAGAGCCUGAUAAGGCCACAGAAAAGGUCAAAAAGACCUCUUUUACCUCUGCCACAGUGACGAAGGGGAAGGCACCAGUGGAGGCAAACGGCCACAGUGGAAGGAAAAUAAAGAAGUCAAGGCGGAGGCUCUUAGAAAAAACACUUGAGCUGUCUGAUGGCUGCAGUCAGUGUGAGUCUCAGUCAGGUACUCCAAGUCUUCCUGUGAUAGACCUGGACACAGGAACUAAGGGACAGCAAAACGUGCAGGCUGCCAGCUCCAUGUGUGACGAUGAGCAUCAAGCCCCAGAGCUUCCCUCCAGCCUGGCUCCUCGGCUUGAUGGCUCACCUACACCCAUCACUUUCCCUGUCGCCUCUCCUCAUUCUGUGGCUCCUGCUCGCCUCUCUUUCUCAGCCACUUCCCCAACACCUGCAGCUGAGGCUUCCAUCGCUUUUACUGUCACCUCUCCGUCGCCUUUGGGCUCAUCUUCUCCUCUUCACCUCAAACUCACCUCAGACCCUCAUGUGUAUGAGCUGUCUCCAAGUGCAUCGGCACCUCCGUCUGUUCAGGAAGACUCAUUUCCCAUUCACAUGGCGGUGAAGAGCAAGAAGAGGAAGAGCGAGGAGUAUUUAAAAAGUGACGGGAAGACUGAGGAUGCUGGGAAAAUGGAGCGUGUGAAAAGGAGCAGGGUGGUAUCUAGAAAAACUGAGGCCUCAGCAUCGGCCCAAAAGAGGAGAAGUGCAUCACAGAGACAACAGACGACAACAGCAGGCUCGGUGCGCUCCAUGACUACAUCAUCUCUGAAGACUGCCCGGUCUGCGAAUCCCGUCCAGAUGAAGCAAUCAAGCUCCAAACUCGCAUCACGAGGUGCUCAGUCUCUGAAGUCAUCGGGUUUCCCAUCUGUGAAGACGGCCAAAGUUGUUGCUGUUGCGCAGUCAAAGCUGACCUUUGUUAAGCCGGCUCAAACUGUCAUACCGAGACAUCCAAUGCCUUUUGCUGCCAAGAACAUGUUUUAUGACGAGAGGUGGAUUGAGAAGCAGGAGCGGGGAUUUUCAUGGUGGAUCAACUACGUCCUCACCCCAGAUGACUUUAAAGUCAACACUGAAGUUGCUAAAGUGAACGCUGUGUCCAUCGCCAUGGGCAAAGAUGACAAGUUCAGUGUCCCCAAAGCUCCCACCAAAGAGGAGGUGUCUUUCAGCACCUACACGGCCCGGCGGAAACUGAACCGCCUGCGCCGUUCGGCUUGCCAGCUAUUCACAUCUGAGGCCAUGGUUAAGGCCAUUCAGAGACUCGAACUGGAGGUAGAGGCCAAGAGGCUGCUCGUCCGAAAAGACCGCCAUCUUUGGAAGGACAUUGGUGAACGCCGUAAAGUCCUCAACUGGCUUCUUUCAUACAAUCCACUGUGGUUACGGAUUGGACUUGAGACAAUCUAUGGGGAGCUGAUCUCACUGGAAAGCAACAAUGAUGCCUUGGGCCUGGCUAUGUUCAUCCUCCAGCGGCUGCUGUGGAACCCAGACAUCGCCGCUGAGUUCAGACACGCCAAAGUGCCUCACCUUUACAAGGAAGGCCACGAGGAGGCGCUGUCUCGCUUUACUCUGAAGAAGCUGCUCCUGCUGGUGUGUUUCCUGGACAAAGCCAAAGAGUCCCGACUGAUUGAACACAACCCCUGUCUGUUCUGCUUGGACGCAGAGUUCAAGACAAGUAAAGACCUGCUCCUGGCCUUCUCCAGGGACUUCCUGAGCGGAGAGGGGAUCCUCCCCCGGCACCUCGGCUACCUCGGGUUGCCCGUCUGUCACGUUCAGAUGCCUCUGGACGAGUUCGACUUCGCUGUGAAGAAUUUGGCAGUUGACUUGAAAUGCGGCAUUCGUCUAGUGCGAGUGAUGGAGCUCCUCAUCCAGGACUGGACUUUGUCGGCCAAGCUCCGCCUGCCAGCCAUCAGCCGCCUGCAAAAGAUCCACAAUGUAGACGUGGCUCUGCAAGUGCUCAAAAGCAGAGGGGUCGACCUCAAGGAUGAGCGUGGCUCCACCAUCGAUUCCAAAGAUAUUGCAGACGGACACAGAGAGAAGACGCUGAGCCUGUUGUGGAAAAUCAUCUUUGCAUUCCAUGUGGAGGUGAUUUUGGACGAGGAUCAGUUGAGGGAGGAAAUUGGCUUUCUGAAGAGGACCUUGAGGACCAAACGGAGGCUGGCGGCGCUGAGGGCCGAUCGGGGCCCUCACCACAGUCCUGCAAAGGCCAGGGUGCCGUAUGAACACAGCAGCACGAAGAUUACGCUGCUGAUGGACUGGGUCCGAGCUGUGUGCAACUUCUACAAUCUGAAGGUGGAGAACUUCACCGUGGCGUUCUCGGAUGGCCGCGUCCUCUGCUACCUUAUCCACCACUACCACCCCAGUCUGCUGUCAGAGGAGGCUGUCAGUCACAGCACCACUCAGACCGUUGAGUGCUCACCGAGGGGCCGCCUGGAGCUCAGCUGCUCAGCCAGUGACUCUGACGACUCCUUUGACUCCUUUCCAACAGGCCUGAACGGCCCAGAUUCUCCGUCAGUGGAGUUUAAAGAGCUGCUGGAGAACGAGAAGAACAACUUCAGGCAGGUCAACACAGCUGUGUCUUUCCUGGGCGGAGUUCCGGCCAUGAUCAACCCAGCCGACAUGUCCAACACCAUCCCUAAUGAGAAGGUUGUGAUGUCAUACCUGUCCUUCCUGUGCGUUCGUCUUCUGGACCUGCGGAAUGAAACCAGAGCAGCCCGGGUCAUACAGGGCGCCUGGAGGAAAUACAAACUAAAGAAAGAUCUACAGCUCUACAAGGAAAGAAGCAUGGCUGCUGUGAAAAUCCAGUUAGUUGUGAGGCGUUUUCUCCAUAAGCGUAGAGCCAAGAGGCAGAAUCGAGCUGCCGUUAUCAUCCAGUCAGUCUGGAGGGGUUAUAUGGCCCGCAACAGACUGAGGAUGAUAAAAGAGGCUGAACUUCGGGCUCUGCAGCAUGAAGCUGCAACUGCAAUCCAGGCUCAGUGGAGGAUGUUUUCAACCAUGAGGGCUUAUCAACGCCUCAGAUACUACGCCAUUGUUGUCCAAGCACAAUGGCGAAUGAGGAGGGCGGCCUCUGCUUUUGGAAGAAUUUGCUGGGCAACAGCGGUCAUUCAGAAGCACUUUCGAGCGUGGGGUCUCGCAAGAAGAGAUCGGGAACAUUAUGUCUCCGUUAGAAAUGCUGUAGUAAAAAUACAACGAGGAUACAGAAGAUGGAAAACCCAGAAAAUGGAAGAGGAAAACCGUGCUGCCAAAGUGAUACAAGCUGUUUUUAAGAAAUGGUAUGAGGGGAAAAUGGCUGAAAGAUCCACUGCAGCUGUAAGGAUUCAGACUUGGUAUAGAAUGCAGAGGUGUCGGCAUCGAUACAAAAAGAUAAAGACAAGCGCUGUGCUCAUUCAAGCCCAAUACAGAAGUCUUGUACAGAGGCGCUGCUUUCACAUGUUGAAGCUGCAGCAUCACUCGGCUGUUGUCAUUCAAAGUGCCUUCAGAGGGCAUGCUGUCAGAAGACAGGUGGCAAAGAUCAGAUGUGCUGCAGUCAUAAUCCAGCGUUGGUUCAGGGCCUCAGUGGAAAGAGAUGUGGAAAGGCAAAUGUUUGUGAGAAUGAGAUGCGCCGCCAUAACCAUACAGGCAGCUUAUCGUGGAAAGAUGGCUCGAGAAUCCCUGAAAAAACAGCACAACGCAGCAACAGCGAUCCAGGCAGCUUUUAGGAAGUGUGCUGCCCAAAGGCGCUACUGUCUCUUCAGAAAAGCUGUAGCUGUGAUACAGCAAAAGUACAGAGCCACAAUUCUGGCUCGUGAGACAAAGAAGGAUUAUGAUGCUCUUAGGAAUGCUGCACUCACCAUACAAGCUAGCUGGAGAGGCAGAGCUGACAGGAAAAGGAUAGAAAAGCGCCAUUGGUGUGCAAAAUUGAUACAGGCUUACUACCGUCGGCACAGAGUGCAAACAGAGUACAAGUCCAAGAAGGCAGCUGCUGUAGUCAUACAGCGUCGCUACAAAGCUUAUGUGGCUGGCAAGGAGAUGAGGAAAGCAUACCUGAACAUGAGAGCCGCCUGUGUUACAGUCCAGGCUGGAUUCAGAGGCAUGAAGGUUAGGACAGAGCUUAAGAAGAGGCACUGGGCAGCAACUGUUAUCCAGUCUUCAGUUAGGAUGUUUUUAUGUAAGAAACAAUAUUCUCUCCUGCAAAGUGCAGCGAUUAUCAUCCAGAGCAGGUACAGAGCUCUUGUGGCCUGCAGGGCACAGCAAAAUGAAUACAGAGGACUGAAGCAGGCUGCCCUAAAGAUACAAGCUGUCUACCGAGGAUUUAGAGUACGAGAAGACCUGAAGAAGAGACACAAUGCUGCCAGAGCAAUCCAAGCUCAUUUCAGGAUGCACAGAAUGCGCAUGGCUUACCUUGCCACCAAGUUUGCUGCCAUCAUUAUUCAGGAACGAUACAGGGCUAAAAUGCUCAGGGAUCAAGAGAUGCAGAGGUACAGAACAAUGAAAUCUGCAGCAGUAGUCAUCCAGGCAACGUAUCGUGGCCACAGGGCCAGGGGGAAAAUUGCAGAGAUGCACCAAGCUGCCACGAUCAUUCAGAGAAAGUUCCUCACCGUUCGGGAUAGGAACAGGUUCCUCGCCAUCAAGGCAGCAACGUUGGUUUGUCAGCAGAUGUACAGAACAGUGACCCUGGCAAGAAAAGACCGUCUGGACUAUCUAUCAAAGCGCAGGGCAGUUAUUUGUCUGCAGGCAGCCUACAGAGGAUAUGAGGUCAGAAAGCAGUUGCGUAUCCAGCGUAGGGCAGCUGUAACAAUUCAGUCUAACUUCAAAAGGUACCAGCAAAGAACUUACUACAAGAAGCUCCACUGGGCUGCAAGUGUAUUGCAAGUACGUUACAGAGCCAACAAGAAAAUGAGAGAGGAGAUGCAAGUCCUGAAUGCCAAGAGAAAUGCUGCUGUUGUCUUACAAGCUGCUUUCCGUGGACUGAAAUCCAGACGCAUCAUCCAACAAAGGCAUCAGGCAGCCAGUGUCAUCCAAAGAGCUUACAGAGCACACUGUGAACACAAGCAGUACCUGACCUUAAAAUCCUCUGUCCUCAUCAUCCAGCGGACGUAUCGGGCCACUGUAGCAGCAAAGGAGCAAAAGCAAGAAUAUCAAAAACUACGCAGAGCUGCAGUUGUCCUUCAGUCAGCAUACAGAGGACAGCAGGUCAGAAAGGAGGUUGUUCAUCAACAUCACGCUGCCACUGUGAUCCAAUCUGUUUUCAGAAAGCACAGAGAGGAAGUCAAAUUCCAGGCCAUGCGUCUGUCUGCUGUUGUCAUCCAGAGAUACUUUCGGGCCUGCGUUCUUCAAAGACAAGAAAGAGAAAGGUUCCUGAAAGUGAAACAUUCUGCCGUCAUUCUUCAGGCAGCUUUCAGAGGUCAUCAUGUGCGAACCAAUAUUGCCAAGGCGCACAGGGCAGCUACUGUCAUUCAAGCAAACUUCAAGAGACACAAACAGCAGUCAGUCUUUAGGAGGCAACGCUGGGCAGCCCGUGUCUUACAGCAGAGGUUUAGAGCUCAGAGGCAGAGAAACAAUGAACUGAAACAUUACCAAGAGUGCCGAAAAGCUGCUGUUGUGUUACAGGCUGCAUAUCGAGGAAUGAAAUCCAGACGCAUCAUCCAACAAAGGCAUCAGGCAGCCAGUGUCAUCCAAAGAGCUUACAGAGCACACUGUGAACUCAAGCAGUACCUGACCUUAAAAUCCUCUGUCCUCAUCAUCCAGCGGACGUAUCGGGCCACUGUAGCAGCAAAGGAGCAAAUGCAAGAAUAUCAAAAACUACGCAGAGCUGCAGUUGUCCUUCAGUCAGCAUACAGAGGCCACCAGGUCAGAAAGGAGGUUGUUCGUCAACAUCAGGCUGCCACUGUGAUCCAAUCUGUUUUCAGAAAGCACAGAGAGGAAGUCAAAUUCCAGGCCAUGCGUCUGUCUGCUGUUGUCAUCCAGAGAUACUUUCGGGCCUGCGUUCUUCAAAGACAAGACAGAGAAAACUUUCUAGAAAUGAGAAGAUCUGCAGUUGUCCUUCAGUCAGCAUACAGAGGUCACCAGGUCAGAAAGGAGGUUGUUCGUUGGCAUCAGGCUGCCACUGUGGUCCAGUCUUCAUUCAGAAAACACAGAGAGGAAGUCAAAUUCCAGGCCAUGCGUCUGUCUGCUGUUGUCAUCCAGAGAUACUUUCGGGCCUGCGUUCUUCAAAGAAAAGAAAGAGAGAGGUUCCUGAAAGUAAGAAAUUCUGCUAUCGUUCUUCAGGCAGCUUUCAGAGGUCAUCAUGUGCGAACCAAUAUUGCCAAGGCGCACAGGGCAGCUACUGUCAUUCAAGCAAACUUCAAGAGACACAAACAGCAGUCAGUCUUUAGGAGGCAACGCUGGGCAGCCCGUGUCUUACAGCAGAGGUUUAGAGCUCAGAGGCAGAGAAACAAUGAACUGAAACAUUACCAAGAGUGCCGAAAAGCUGCUGUUGUGUUACAGGCUGCAUAUCGAGGAAUGAAAUGCAGACGCAUCAUCCAACAAAGGCAUCAGACAGCCAGUGUCAUCCAAAGAGCUUACAGAGCACACUGUGAACACAAGCAGUACCUGACCUUAAAAUCCUCUGUCCUCAUCAUCCAGCGGACGUAUCGGGCCACUGUAGCAGCAAAGGAGCAAAUGCAAGAAUAUCAAAAACUACGCAGAGCUGCAGUUGUCCUUCAGUCAGCAUACAGAGGCCACCAGGUCAGAAAGGAGGUUGUUCGUCAACAUCAGGCUGCCACUGUGAUCCAAUCUGUUUUCAGAAAGCACAGAGAGGAAGUCAAAUUCCAGGCCAUGCGUCUGUCUGCUGUUGUCAUCCAGAGAUACUUUCGGGCCUGCGUUCUUCAAAGACAAGACAGAGAAAACUUUCUAGAAAUGAGAAGAUCUGCAGUUGUCCUUCAGUCAGCAUACAGAGGUCACCAGGUCAGAAAGGAGGUUGUUCGUUGGCAUCAGGCUGCCACUGUGGUCCAGUCUUCAUUCAGAAAACACAGAGAGGAAGUCAAAUUCCAGGCCAUGCGUCUGUCUGCUGUUGUCAUCCAGAGAUACUUUCGGGCCUGCGUUCUUCAAAGAAAAGAAAGAGAGAGGUUCCUGAAAGUAAGAAAUUCUGCCGUCGUUCUUCAGGCAGCUUUCAGAGGUCAUCAUGUGCGAACCAAUAUUGCCAAGGCGCACAGGGCAGCUACUGUCAUUCAAGCAAACUUCAAGAGACACAAACAGCAGUCAGUCUUUAGGAGGCAACGCUGGGCAGCCCGUGUCUUACAGCAGAGGUUUAGAGCUCAGAGGCAGAGAAACAAUGAACUGAAACAUUACCAAGAGUGCCGAAAAGCUGCUGUUGUGUUACAGGCUGCAUAUCGAGGAAUGAAAUGCAGACGCAUCAUCCAACAAAGGCAUCAGACAGCCAGUGUCAUCCAAAGAGCUUACAGAGCACACUGUGAACACAAGCAGUACCUGACCUUAAAAUCCUCUGUCCUCAUCAUCCAGCGGACGUAUCGGGCCACUGUAGCAGCAAAAGCACACAGAACACAGCAUCUGAAACUGCGCAGUGCAGCCAUCAUCAUCCAGUCAGCAUACAGAGGACAGCAGGUCAGAAAGGAGGUUGCUCGUCGGCAUCAGGCUGCCACUGUGAUCCAAUCUGUUUUCAGAAAGCACAGAGAGGAAGUCAAAUUCCAGGCCAUGCGUCUCUCAGCCAUCAUCAUUCAGCGAUAUUAUCGUUCCUGUGUUCUUCAAAGACAAGACAGAGAAAAGUUUCUCAAAUUGAAACAAUCCACCAUCUUCCUUCAGGCAGUUCUUAGAGGCUGUUGUGUCAGGAGGGACAUUAGACAACAGAAUCAAGCAGCCAUUGUUAUACAGUCACAGUGGAGAUGCUCAGUGCAGAGACGCAUCUUCCAAAGGAAGAGGGAGGCCACUGUGAAACUUCAGCGGAGGGUCCGGGCAGUGCAGCUCGGCAGGUUGGAGAGGAACAAUUACACCCGAAUGAGACGAGCUGCGAUCACACUUCAGACACACUGUCGAGCCUGGAUUACAAGACGACAGGUACUAGAGGUAGCCAGUGCAGAGAGGAGGCUCCGUUUUACAUCUGCAGUCUUCCACCAUCUCAAUGCUAUAAAGAUCCAAAGAGCUGUGAGAGCACAUUGGGCUUUGGAGUCAGCCAAAAGGCAAAUCCAUUCUGUCAUCACCAUACAGCAAUGGGUCAGGGCGAGGCAGCAGAGGAGACGUUAUCUGGAGGACAGGAGAAAGGUGGUCAUAGCCCAGAGAGCAGCCAAGCGCUGGUUAGCUCAUCGCCACACGGCUGCAUCUGUCAUCCAGCAGGCCGUCCGGCAAUUCCUCCUUCUCAGGCGCCAGAACAGGAUUCAGCAAGGCAUUCUCAAAGCUCAGGCUCUGUGGAGAGGGCAUCGCUCCCGCCUCCUGAAUGACAAUCCCAAGGUGGUGAAGUUGAGACACCGCUUGCGCAAAGUCUCUGCUGACGUCCGGGAGGAAGACAAACUGUGCAACAAGACUUCAUCUGCCCUGGACUACCUUCUUCGAUACAAACACUUCUCUUACAUUCUAGAGGCCCUGAAAAAUCUGGAGACCGCCACCAGGCUGUCCCCAGAGUGCUGUGAGCGCCUGGUAGAGAGCGGAGCCACCAACGUAAUCUUCACGCUCAUCCGCUGCUGCAACAGGAGCGUCCCCUGCAUGGACGUCAUUACGUUCUCCAUCCAGAUCCUCCUCAACCUCUCCAAGUAUCACAAGACCAUCGAGGCAGUGUAUUUGGUGGAAAACUCUGUGGAAACGCUGCUGGACCUGCUGCAGAGAUACCGGGAGAAAGCGGGGGAUAAAGUGGCAGAAAAGGGUGGCAGUAUCUUCACUAAGGCCUGCUUCCUUCUUGCUCUCCUCCUGCAAGACAAGCACCGUGCUGUGGAGGUCAAGAAGCUGCCCAAGGUGUUGGAUCGGAUACGCAGCAUUUAUCGUCUCACCGCUCGGAAACACAAGAUGGACGCGGAAAGAACUGUUAUUAAACAGAAGAUGAACGCGUCAAUCAACGGGAGCUUCUUCGUUCAAGCAACGCCCCGUAAAUCCCGCCCUGCACCAAAGUUUGCGCCCGAUUGGGUUCUCAGAAAGGACAAGCUAAAAGAUAUUGUUGACCCUCUCAGAGCCAUUCAGAUGGUGGCACACACCCUCUCUGUUGUGUUGUAAAUAGACAAGCUUUUAAGUCUUUUAAGUCUUUUUUAAGAAUUUGUCAUCUCAUUUUUUUCCCUUCAGAAAACAUUGUUUUAUGUAUUGUUUUAGUACAUGUU